AUGGGAUUCAGACAAGCUUGGAAAAUUAUUUUGUUCACUCUUAUUUCUUGCUGUAUCAUUCAAUCAUCUUACUGUAAUGCCUCAGACACAAUUCAGCAAUCCCGAAAACUCUUACUAGGGGAAACAUUAACAUCUGCUAGUCAGGUUUUUGAAUUUGGAUUCUUUACUCCUUCCAAUUCCGAUAAAAGGUACCUGGGGAUAUGGUUUAAAAAUAUCCCUCCUAUUAAAGUUGUGUGGGUUGCAAACAGAGAAAGUCCACUUAAAGUUUCUGAUUCUGCCGCGAGUCUAUCAAUUAGCGAAAAUGGAAACUUGGUGCUUCUUGAUGGUACACAGAAUGUUAUCUGGUCAAGCAAUGUGUCUGUCCCCACUAAUAACACAGUUGCAGUUGUUCUCCUGGACAGUGGGAAUUUGGUGCUUAAAGAUUAUGUCUCGGGACAAUGCUUCUGGGAGAGUUUUGAUUAUCCUUGUAAUACUUUCUUGCCAGGAAUGAAAAUAGGUUUUAACAGGAUAACCGGGGAGAAAUGGCUCUUGUCUUCUUGGCAGAAGGAAAAUGAUCCCUCAUUGGGAAAUUUUUCUGUUGGAAUCUCGGAGCAACUUCCUCCUCAGUUUUUUAUAUGGAACAAAUUUACUCCUUACUACAGAACUGGGGAGUGGAAUGGACUGAAGUUCAUUGGUUUGCCCUAUAUAGAUUCAGCAGCCUAUAUAAUUCAGUUUGUUUGUCCGCCAGACUUUCAAGAGGGAACCACGUAUUUCACCUUUCUUCCAAAUACUUCAUUCCUAACUUUCGUGGAACUUCAGUCUACGGGGUCUGUUCAAGUUGUUCAGUGGACCGAUGGAGAUCCAGCUUGGGAAGUUUAUGCUACAAUGGUACAUGCACCAUGUGAUAUAUAUAACACAUGUGGACCUUCAGCGGUCUGCAACAAGAAUAAAUUCCCAAUUUGCAGCUGCUUAAGAGGGUUCGUGCCACAGUCUAGUGACGAAUGGAACAAAGGAAACUGGACAGGUGGUUGUGUGAGGCGAACUGAAUUACAAUGUCAGCAAAAGGGAAAUAGCUCGUCUCCAGGGGUUGGACUGCAGGACGGAUUUUGGAAGUUUAGUGGACUGAAACUCCCUGAUCUUGCUGUUAUUUUUCGCCUUGACAGUGCAAGUGAAUGUGAAAGAUUGUGUUUAAACAAUUGUUCUUGCACUGCUUAUGCUUAUGUGGCAGGAAUAAGGUGUAUGGUGUGGUCUGGUGAUCUUUUAGAUAUGCAGGAUUAUUCGUAUUCUGGGGAAGAUCUUUUCCUUCGGCUUGCCAACUCAGAGUUAGGUAAGCGGAAGCUUAAAAGAGCAGUAAUCAUAUGUUCUGCAGUAUUUUCCUGUUUAUUUUUUGGGUUUGCUCUAUUUUGUUUGCUCAAGAACAAGAUUUAUCAAACAGGACAGAAGAGAAAAGGAGCCAGAAGCUUUAGUCUGGGUGAUUCAUGCAACAUUUCAAAAGACUUCACAAUGGAAAGUUUUUGGGUUGGAAAUUUAAAGAAAGAAGAUCCAAUUGAACUUCCACUGAUUGAAUUUGAGGUAAUUGCCACAGCAACAAACAACUUCAAAGUAGAAAACAAACUAGGGGAAGGAGGAUUUGGUCCAGUUUUUAAGGGAAAGCUGAAAGGUGGACUAGAAAUAGCAGUGAAAAGACUUUCUAAUCGAACGGGGCAAGGCAUAGAGGAGUUCAAGAAUGAAAUAGUAUUGAUAUCAAAACUCCAGCACAGGAAUCUUGUACGACUCCUGGGAUGCUGCAUUGAAGGGGAAGAACUACUUAUAAUCUAUGAGUACAUGCUAAAUAGAAGCUUGGAUAAAUUUCUUUUUGAUGCAUCACAAAAAGAACAGCUAGAUUGGCCUAAACGGUUAGACAUCAUUCAAGGUGUUGCUAGAGGGCUAUUAUAUCUACACCGAGAUUCCUGUUUGAACAUUAUCCACCGGGAUUUGAAAGUAAGCAAUAUUCUUUUGGAUGAGGAGAUGAAUCCAAAAAUUUCCGACUUUGGUUUAGCAAGGACGUUUCAAAAGCAGCAGCAACUAGUGCAUACUCACCGUGUAGCUGGAACAUAUGGAUACAUGUCUCCUGAAUAUGCUUUGAGAGGGGUAUUCUCAGAGAAAUCUGAUGUCUUCAGCUUCGGAGUGUUGUUACUAGAAAUCAUAAGUGGCAAGAAGAAUUCAAGUUUCCAUUACGUUGAAGAAAAUCUUAACCUCCUUAACUAUGCAUGGAAAUUGUGGAGUGAACUAAGGGGAUUAGACUUUAUGGAUGGGACAUUGAUCAACUCGUUUUCUUCAGAAGAGAUAACGCGAUGCCUACACAUUGGCCUUCUAUGCGUUCAGGAGCAUCCUAGGGACCGUCCAACGAUGGCUGACAUAAUUCUCAUGCUAAACAGUGAAAUGAAAUGCUCAAGUCCUAAGCAACCCACAUUUAAGUUUGAAACAUACUUGGAUCUUGGCGGAUCAGCAAAAGAUAACGAGAGAUGUUCCCUUAAUGACUUCACUGCAUCCUUGUCUCAAGGACGAUAAAACAUGUUAAUGUACAUUCUUAAAGUUGUUAAUCAAGUCAUUAGCCUCCUCGGAGAUAUGUUAUUCCUUUCACCCCCCCAAUUUUUUAAAACCAAUCUUCUACUAAAUUUCUU